GCUCAGCUCUUCUUCAUCGGAUAACCUUCUAUCUCUGUGGCUCCCAAGUGGGCGGAGACUGUGAAGGGCUACUCCCGGGUUGGAUUGCGCAUUCUGACUCGGCUCGGGACAUCUGGACACGCUUUCGCGGGUACUGACUUCAGUAAGCUGGUAGGUCAAGAGUCAAGAUGAAGGAGACAGUGUCCCAUCAAGCUCCUAAGGUCAUUAAAAAGCUUCAGUUCAGUCUCUUCAACAGUCAGGAUACUGUGAAGCUCGCAGAGUUCGAGGUCACGCACAGAGACCUCUACACUGCUACCGAUCGUCUUCCGGUGAAGAAUGGUGUUCUCGACAGACGAUUGGGUACGACGGAAAAGAAUGCCUUCUGCGAAACCUGUGGAUUGAACUCGGUAGACUGUGUCGGGCACUAUGCCUACAUCAAGCUUGCUGUCCCUGUCUUCCAUAUUGGCUACUUCAAGCACUGCAUAACUAUUCUGCAAUGUAUCUGCAAGUCAUGCGCGAGGGUUCUCUUGGAGGAGCCAGAUCGCCGUUCUUACCUUAAGCGAUUUCGACGUCCAAGCCUAGAGAACAUCCAACGGCAAGCUCUAAUCAAGGCCGUGAAUGCUCUCGCGCGGAAGACCGUCUACUGUCCAUACUGUGCGUCCACGAACGGUGCUGUGAAGAAGGCCAGCGCACUGAAAAUUAUCCACGACAAGUUCCGGGCAAAGAAGACGGUAGAUGAGAUGGAGAAGUGGAAAAAGACUUUCAGCUCCGCCAUCGAAGCCCAGAAAGACCUGGCCAUGUAUGUCAACCGCGCAGUCCACGAAGAGUUGAACCCAUUGAAGGUUCUUGACCUUUUCAAACGCAUUUCCGACGAGGAUUGCGAGCUGCUUGGUCUGCGCCCGGAGUUUGCACGGCCCGAAGAGUACAUCUGGCAGUACAUAUCUGUGCCUCCAGUAGCAAUUCGACCAUCUGUUGCGCAGGACGGUGCAUCGAACGAAGACGAUCUGACGGUGAAACUGACAGAAAUAGUCUUCACAAAUGCACUCAUCAAGCAAGGACUCGCAAAAGGUGCUCCUACUGCACAGUUCAUGGAACAAUGGGACUUCCUCCAACUAUCCAUCGCAAUGUACAUUAAUUCUGAGCUCCCGGGUGUACCAUCUCAGAUGGGACAGAAGCCUAUCCGUGGCUUCUGUCAGCGUCUGAAGGGAAAGCAAGGUCGCUUCCGUGGUAACCUCUCCGGAAAGCGUGUCGACUUUUCUGGGCGUACCGUCAUCUCGCCAGAUCCUAAUCUACGUAUCGACGAGGUUGCAGUGCCGGAGCGUGUGGCGAAGAUUUUGACAUACCCAGAGCGCGUCACCCAACACAAUCUCGAGAUACUAAAGAAGGCGAUCCGCAACGGCUGUGACGUGCAUCCUGGUGCUAACUAUGUGACCGCCGGCAGUAGUGGCUUCAAGAAAUUUUUGAAGUUCGGUAACAGAAAUGCCAUUGCUGAUGGGCUAAGGGUUGGCGAUAUCGUCGAGCGGCAUAUCGUCGACGGAGACAUCGUCCUUUUCAAUCGACAGCCCAGCUUGCACAAGCUAUCCAUCAUGUGUCAUCGAGUAAAAGUGCGGCCGUGGCGGUCGUUCCGUCUCAACGAGUGUGUAUGUGGCCCUUAUAAUGCAGAUUUUGAUGGAGACGAGAUGAACCUGCACGUGCCGCAAACUGAGGAGGCACGGACAGAAGCCCUCGAGCUGAUGAGUGUCAAACACAACCUGGUUACUCCUCGUAACGGAGAGCCCGUCAUCGCAGCCAUCCAAGACUUCAUCACUGCCUCUUUUCUCCUUUCACGCCGUGAUCGUUUCUUCGAUCGAUGUCAGUUCACGCAGAUAUGUUCUUACCUUGCCGACGCCGACCUGCAGAUUGACAUACCUCCACCAACGAUCUUGAAGCCACAGCGAUUGUGGACCGGAAAGCAGAUCUUCAACGUGCUCAUGCGUCCUAACAGGCACUCCAGGGUGCGAGUCAAUGUCGAGUCGAGAUGCAACAAGGUGGAGAAGCCCGAUCCCAAAGCCUACCCCCGAAUGACCCCAGUGGACGACAUGUCGCCAAACGACGGGUGGCUCGUUAUCGUCAACAGCGAGAUCAUGUGUGGUGUUAUGGACAAGGCGACCGUAGGAAGUGGCAAGAAGAAGUCGAUCUUCGGUGUCAUCCUACGAGAUUAUGGUCCGCACGAGGCAGCUACAGCUAUGGGCCGGCUGGCGAAGCUUUGCGCACGGUAUCUCGCCAACUACGGCUUCUCUCUCGGUAUCAAUGACGUUAUCCCAGGCCCUAUUCUCGCUGCGCAGAAGGAGUCUAUGGUGCAGAAGGCGUACGCAGAGUGUGACGAUCUAAUCGCUCGAGCAAAGAAGGGCUUGUUGGAGAACAAGCCCGGUUGCGACCAGGAGCAGACUCUCGAAGCAAUGAUCUCUUCGGUUUUGUCCAACGUCCGUGAAAAAGUCGGAGAGAUUUGUAUGAAGGAGCUCAGCAGGCACAAUGCACCCCUCAUCAUGGCUACCUCUGGUUCGAAAGGUUCGGUCAUUAACGUCUCCCAGAUGGUUGCUUGUGUCGGUCAGCAAAUUAUCGCAGGUCAUCGUGUACCAGAUGGCUUUCAGGACCGUUCGCUUCCGCAUUUCCCGAAGAAAUCCAGAGAACCGCCUUCAAAGGGCUUCGUCCGUAAUAGUUUCUACACCGGCCUAACUCCCACGGAGUUCCUUUUCCAUGCUAUUUCUGGUCGUGAAGGUCUGGUCGAUACUGCGGUCAAGACUGCGGAGACUGGUUAUAUGCAGCGUCGUCUUAUGAAGGCCCUGGAGGAUCUCGUUACCCACUAUGACUCCUCGGUCCGCAACGCCGUGGGUGGUGUCGUCCAGUUCCGUUACGGUGAUGACGGUCUUGAUCCCGCAUGCUUGGAGGGUGAUGCUCAGCCUGUGGAGUAUCUACGAGCAUGGAGUCACGCUUCAGCCAUCGCGUCGCGUAGCUCACGCGGUCUUUUCCCCUUUGAGAUUUUGGAGUUCGUCAAUCAGGAGCUCGCCAAGCCCAAGUUUACCGGCGAGUGUUCGGCGGCGUACCUCUCGACGAUUCGGGAAUUCGUCUCAGAGCACAUCGCGCAGCGACUCGCCAAUAUUCGCAAGAGUCGCGGAAUGUUCGAGGCCCUCGAACGUGAACCGGAAUGGAGUGAGCACACCGAUCUCUCGAUGGGUGCAUCUGAAGCCGAUAAGGUCAUCGUGGACAACAGGUCCAAGGUGACAGAAGAUCAGGUCCGAACUUUCCUCGCCAUUUGUUGGACAAAGUACGUCAAGGCCAAGAUCGAGCCUGGCUCAACUGUCGGUGCCGUCGGUGCCCAGUCUAUUGGUGAACCCGGAACACAAAUGACGCUCAAGACAUUCCAUUUCGCCGGUGUCGCGUCAAUGAAUGUCACACUCGGUGUGCCACGAAUCAAGGAAAUUAUCAACGCCGCCAAGGUCAUCUCAACACCGAUCAUCAGCUGCAAGCUCGUGACGAGCGACAAUGAAGCGUCCGCACGUAUCGUUAAGGGGCGACUAGAGAAGACGCACUUGAGAGAUGUUGCGGGUGUCCUCGAGGAAGCCUGGGCCCCAGAAUACACCUACAUCGGUGUUAUCGUUGACAUGAAGACAAUCCAGGAUCUUCAGCUUGAACUGACCUUGGACGAUAUUAAGUGGGCGAUCGUCGUGGCGAAGAAGCUCAAAAUUAAGCAAGAGUCGAUCACUGUGAUUCCCAAAAAGAACAGGCUGAGGAUCUAUGUCGACGGGCCCGACAAAUACUACCGUCUCCGUGAGCUUAAGCGAGCGUUGCCGGAGGUUGUCGUCAAGGGUGUCCCUACUAUUCGUCGUGCUAUCAUCAAUAUCAAGGAUAAGGACGACGCCCGAGGCAAGAAGGGUGACAAGGAGCUACUGGUCGAAGGUUACGGCCUGCAGAAGGUCAUGACAACGCAGGGUAUCGUUGGCGAACACACUACUUCCAACCACGUCAUCGAGACUGCGCAAGUGCUCGGUAUCGAGGCAGCGCGGCGCGCGAUCAUCAACGAGAUCCAGUACACGAUGGCGAGUCACGGUAUGAGCAUCGACCCUCGACACGUCAUGUUGCUCGGCGACGUCAUGACGUACAAGGGCGAGGUCCUCGGCAUUACGCGGUUCGGUGUCGCCAAGAUGAAGGACAGUGUGCUCAUGCUCGCAUCCUUCGAGAAGACGACGGACCAUCUGUUCGAUGCCUCCGCGCUCGGCAAGACGGACAGCAUCUUGGGUGUCUCGGAGAGCAUUAUCAUGGGCAACCCCGCGGCGAUGACCGGCACCUCCAUGCCUGCGCUCGUCACCCCGCCGCCGCCACUCAGCAAGCCGCGCAAGCUGCUAUUCGAGAGCGCGUUGUAAGAUCCCGUUUGCGCGUUUCUCAAAAUUGCGCUCUGAUAUCGGACUGCAUCCCAUACAUAUUGUUAUUGCUAAUGGCCUUCAUGAUCUCUUCGCUUUCGUCGCACGCAUGCUGUAUUUUAUGUAUCGCUUCCCAAUCUGCGGCAGAAUCAGUCGAUGCUUUGUCCGUGCGCGGGAACUAGAGUGCGAGACCGUGACAGCAACGACGCAAGUUGGCUGGCAGUAUUGCAUACAGUGAUGCUCGCAUGACUACAUCGAACGCGGUGUCGUAUGCGCAGUUUUACAUGUCCUGUAUAUAGUCACCACAGUUCCGGACGGACGGAACACUAUAUGCCAUAUACAUAGUCAGCAGGAGAAAAGCUCAGUCACUAUCACUGUCGCUGCUGCUGUCGCCGCCCUUCUUGUCGUCGUCUGUCGAACUCUCGUCGUCGCUCUCCUCGUCCUCCUCCGCCCCGCGGACUUUCACCUUGCCGCCACGCAUCAUCGCCAUCUGGCCCGCGAGCGAGUCUUCCUCCGGGUCCGAGAUCUCGUCUUCCGCGAGCACCUCGUCCUUGGCCUCCUCGAUCCGGAGCGUGAUGUCCCGCAUGACUUCCUCGCCCACGAACGUGUCGCUCACGAUGUAAAGCUUCCAUUGGAACGUCUGUGCCUGCGGCGGCGCCUGGAACUGCAGCUUGUAUGCCCGGUGGUCUUUCUCCGCGUCUGCGUUCGCGAGGGGCACGUCCGAGAUCUUCAUCGGCGGGACGAUCACUUUGCCGAUCUUGGGGUCUGCGAGCACAAUCCACCAGCUCGGCUUGCGGUUUGCUGGCCAGUGCGGCGCGUGGGCAAAGCCGGUGUCGCUUAGGCCCUUCGGCAUGUCUUCAGCAUCCUUGCGACUGCCGAGGAACUCGUCUUCGGACCGGUCGCGUGCCGCCAGAGUAGCGGACUCGUCUUUCUUCUCGGACUUGACCGUCGAGCUGGUAGUCGGUGGUACUAUGCGCAGCUUGACAACAAGAUAGACGAUAGACAGGGGAGAAACGACGCGCUCGCCAAUCACUGUCACACUUAUGAGUCAAGACACGUUCCAUGCGAACGGAUUGGAGCGUACCUUUGAAGGAGGCAUCGACGACGUCAAGCUUGCCCCAACGAGAAAGUGCCUUCUUGAUCUCAGAUGCCCUGCCAUCCGCCUUCUCCUCAAGAGUCCCCGGAACUGCCUCGAUGACAUGCGCCUCCUUGGCGAGUUCCUUGGCUUCAGAUUGUUUUAUACCAGGAAGCUGUGCAAGCCUUAGCGUAUCGUCUCCAGGCGAUAGUGCUUGGGUAAGGUAUGUGUGUAGGCGCAUUACUGCGAGGGUAGGCCAGAGCCAGUUGCGAGAGAGAACAAUGUUCAGAAGCGAGUUCAACAACGCAGGAGUCGUAAGCAGAAUGUCUGCUUGCUCUAAACGUCG